GCGAAUGUCGUCAUGAGCGGAAAGUCCCGUGAUGUCCUCGAACAGCCUAACUGCUGACAAUAGAUGCUGCAGGCAGCCUGAAUCUGACUCUGCUGUGUGUGUUUUGCAGAACAACAGGACAGUAUGGCCACCACUGUUGCUGUCAGUCCCAGUGAAUACCUCCAGCCCUCCAGCGCUUCCACACAAGACACCCAGCCCUCUCCUCUGGCCCUCCUGGCUGCCACCUGUAGUAAAAUCGGCCCUCCCGCCGCUCAGGCUCCGGUCACCUCUCCUCCAGCGCAGCCGCAGCCUCGCAGGCUCCUCCCCAUAAAGCCGGCUCCAAUCGCCCCCGCUCCGCCCAAAAACCUCUCCUUCCUCUCAGCCAAGGGCAAUGUGAUCCAGCUGCCCGCCGGCCUGGGCACCUCGGCCUCUGGCAAUCCCAUCGUGCUCACUAUCCAGCAGAGCCCGGCCCGCUCACACGCCUCGGCCCCCGCCAACAUCCAGUACCAGAUGGUGCCGCAGAUCCAGGGUGCCCAGACUAUCCAGAUGAUGCCGCAGGGAGGGCAGAUCCAGCUCAUACCAGGGACCAACCAGGCCAUCAUCACCACCCCCAUGACCGUGCCGGCUCCGGCGGCCGCCACCACUCCCAUUACGCCGCAGAAGACUUUGGCCAUCAAGCCCUGCCCCAAGUCGCGCAAGCUAAACAACUCUGCUGCAAACAUGGUGCAGCUGCCGAGCGGGCUCACGCUGCCGCUCAACGUGGCGACCGGGGAGGUCGGCGGGACUCAGUUCAUCACAGAGACAGCAGCCGCCCCCCCCACUCCAGGAAAGGGACGACGAGGGAGGAAGAAGAAAGUGGUUUUGACUGCUACACCUCCUCCUCCACAGGCCGCUUCUCCACCCCCAGAGCAGAUGGAGACCAUUUUGAUAGAAGCUGGGGACAACAUCAUUCAGGCAGGCAACAACCUACUGAUCGUGCAGAGUCCCGGGCAGCCGCCAAUGGUGCAGCAGGUCCAGCUGGUCCAGUCCAAACCGGAGUCUCAGGUGGUUCAGAUCCCCCAGCAGGCCUUGAAGGUGGUGCAGGCUGCCUCCGCUACAUUACCGACCAUCCCACAGAGACAGUCAAUCCCCUCAAACCUCCAGGUUACUCAAACAGAUGCAACACCAACGCAGUUCCUCUUCAAAACCGCGUCGGGUGAUUGGCAGUCCGUUCAGCUACAGGACUCGGUCUCCACGACAACGACCCCCACCACUUCGGUGGUCACCGCCGCCACAUCGCCGCCGGCGGGCGCCAAGAAGUCGCUGGGGGGCGGACGGAAGGAACGGACUCUGGCAAAAAUUGCUCCGGCGGGGGGGAUGAUCACGCUUAACCCGUCGCAGCUCUCGUCGGGGACCCAGACGGUGCAGACCAUCAGCAUCAACGGGGUCCAGGUUCAGGGAGUUCCUGUCACCAUCACCAACGCCGGGGGCCAGCAGCACCUCACGGUGCAGGCGAUGCAGGGCGGAGGCCUCCAGCUGGCGACAACGCCGGGCCAGCCGGCCAUCCAGGUGGACCAGACCCUCACCCUGGAGCUGCCGGGCCAGCCAGGAGAAAAGAAGCGCCGCAUGGCCUGCACCUGCCCCAACUGUAAAGACGCAGACAAGAGGCCCGGGGAGGUGGGGAAGAGAAAGCACAUCUGCCACGUCCCCGGCUGCGAGAAGACCUUCAGGAAAACGUCGCUGCUCAGAGCUCACGUCCGGCUGCACACUGGCGAAAGGCCCUUCGUCUGCAACUGGGUUUUCUGCGGGAAACGCUUCACGCGCAGCGACGAGCUGCAGCGGCACGCCAGGACGCACACAGGAGACAAGCGGUUUGAGUGCAGCCAGUGUCAGAAACGCUUCAUGAGGAGUGACCACCUGACGAAGCAUUACAAGACUCACAUAAACACCAAGAACCUGUGAGCUGCCUGUAUACUGACUCAAACCUAAGACUGUAUGAGAGGAAGGAGGGGCAAACAGAGGAGACGAUACCAAGGGAGUUUCUGUGACUCGUCCCGUUUUGGGGAAUACUCCAAAAAAAGUCCCCAAAUCCCCUCUCACUCCUCUAGGACACUUGUAGCGUGGUGUACAAAGAAAUCCUUCCUGGUGGUCUCCAUACCGAUCCUGGAAAUGUAUCAAUUCAUAGUUUAUAUUUGUUUUAGUAUUGUCUCUGGUCUGAGUGGAGCGGAGACCAGAUCCAGCUCCGACUGAGCACGCGAGAUGAUGAGAUGGCAAGGCUUCAGACGCAGAUGCUUAACUGUGCUUUGCUUAUUUAUGAACUUCCUCGGAGGAAGAACGUACUCAGAAUUAUUCACACGCCAAAACGACGACGACAGGACUCCAGUCGCAGUUUCCUUCUCUUUUAGUUGGUUUUUCUUCCCCCAAAUCCUGCUUGUUUUUGUCGGGGAACAUUGUGAGCUCCUGGAAAUUGGCUUUCAAGCACCAAAAACAGAACAAAAUGCAUUACUAUUGUUUUGUAAAUUACCUAAAAUUUGUUUUACCUCAGUUGAAUGAUAAUUUUAUUUUAAGGUAUUGUUUAAAGCAGGAGUCUAACCCCAAAAGUUGGGGGCGAUUACAUAGAAAAAAAACUUUUUAGAAGUUUACAUUGGCUAUUUUUUAAAGUGUGUUCAUGCAUACUAUUAUACAUCAUAUUCACAAUAAUAAUAAACUAUUUAUAACAUUUUCCAUACAAUUGUUAGAAAUUGAUUUACAUAGUAGGUAUCUACAAAAACUUGACGUAAACAAAGAAAUGACACAGUCACAACAAGGAUUUUUCUAAAAAAAAAACAUAUUAAUAAUAAUAGCACCAUUCAAUCAUCACUUACAGUAUGACCUACUAGAAGUGUGUUUUGGUUUCUGUACCUGCCCUCUGCCUGUACUUUCUUAUUUUGCAGUAUUCAUGACAUUUCUGGGCAUCAACCUCCAAAAAAAACAAAACAAGGUGCCAGAUCGUAAGCACGCAUCCAAGAGAAAGCUACAAAAAUGUCAGACACAGUGCCGAAAAAACGCAGAUUUAGCUAGAAGAAAACGGAAAGUGGAAAAAGCUUGAGUCCCCUGCUUGAGCUGGUCGAUACACUUCGGCUGUUGAGUUCACAAACUGCAGUGACUAACCUACUCAUUCUGUCUUUGCGGUUAAACAGCAGAAAUACAUAGAGGACGUUAAAAGAGCAUUUGAUCACAUUUGCUUUGAGGGUACUGAUAUCAAGGUUGAGCUCUUCCAGCAGAGCUAUCCAAGGCCGGGCAUCUCUGGUGGCAAAGCUUUAGAUGCAGCCACUUUGCUGCCAAGUACACAGGACAAAGCAGCAGCACCUCAGGCUUGGAAGGGGGUUAAUGUGCAGUUCAGGGGCCAGAAGUCACCGUGCCUGAACAGUUGUACUUCAAAUCUUAAACUUCAAAUCCUAAACAAACGAUAUGAUUUGAUUAGUAUAGUGAUAUCUUAGUGAAGACCCUGACUCCUGCUGGAAAUUACACAGACGGUGGACUUAAUGCAAAGACAUGAAGGUAUGGACAGAUUUCUAGGUCAGCAAAUGUUACAAAAGAUGUAUUUAAAUUGAGUGAAGGAAGACAAUGUCGAAAAUUUGAUCGAAUUUCACUCUCAAACCUGGCAAAGCUAAGCAAAGUUUCAAAAAUGUUCUUGUGUGUUGGUUGACGGAGCAUAAUCGAGGAAAUUUAGACAUCCUGAGGCUUUUAAUGGCGCCUCAAGUCUCAUCGUGAUAAGGUAUAAUGCCACAAAGUGCAAGCAUGCAAUUAGAGAAUAAUAGAGGAACCAGGGUUGAUCCUUGUGGAACACCAGAUGUGACCCCACCAAACUUUUGUGAUCAAGCCGUGUGUUGUUAAUCAAUCAUAUCAAAGGGGGUCAAGGAGAAGCAGGAUUUCCCCUCUAUCAGCUGCAAGGAGGAAGUUGUUUGUAACAUCCUAGACAACUAGGAGGACUGACAUGUAUCAGUUGUUCAUGUUAUGAUGCGGAGGAAAUGCUGUUAAGUUGCUUAACUUUUUCUUUUGAGGUUUGAUAGUUAAGUCUCCUUUUAUCAAUACGCCAUGAUCGAUAGAUGCAAACUUUGUGGAGAACUGCAUUAAUAACCUGUUGUUCAGAGAAAAGUGAUAACUUCAAACAUGACUUCAUGUAUACUACCUACAAUUCUCUACCUUUUUUAGAGAAGUACAACAUUUAACUUUCUGGAGAACUGGGCAAAGUUGAUGACUCUAAAACUAAUCCUAGAAGUUUUUUUUAAGUUCAAAAAAUAAGGUCAAAAGGUCUUUUUGAGUGUUCAGGUGCUAAGGAUUUACUAUGAAAUAGUGUGAUAAACCCGCUCACACCCCUCUUUUCCCUCUGAGAUCAGAACCAGGUUGGUCAUCCAUCUUGGAUACCACAACAGGUACGCGUUCGCCUUGGGCUGGGUAUCUCUGAUACUUACAGGACUGGAACGUGUUGUUGGCACCGAGUAUUGAAGCUGUCAAAAAAUGGGGAGUUUGCAUUGAAUUUUUGGCCACAUUCAUGGUCUAUGAACUUGUUCUUUAAUCACACAGUUCCUGGUUUAAAUCAGGACUUUUAGACCGUGUUCUGUUUAGUUCUUGAAAGGCUGCGUUUGAUUUUACCACCUUAACGUCUCUUUUUACUACCUGAAAGUUUGCCUUUUUCAUUAUGGCGUUUAUUUUAGAAAAACUUGUACUUGUACUUCUCAAAGCAAGGUAUAAAGAAAGUAUAAUACCCAGCCCUACUUACACUGUGUGUACUAAUGAAUAACUAAAUCCCGGGGUAACCGUGAAUCUGCUUUACUCACAGUAUCAUUUGGAUUUCAUGAUUUGUAGCCUAUGCAUUGCUGUAUUAAUAUGAACAGAUUUCCAACUAUUUGGCCUGACUUGACAAUCACGUCCCUAGAUGAAAAAAAACAAACUUUCUCAGGCCUUCCAGCAGUUAACUUUGUACAUGAUUUUUUCCAGCUAUGUGAUAGCUUUGAUUCUGAAUUACCAGUUAUGUUUUUUAAUAUGCAGAUGACCAGCAUACGGCCUACUGUACAGUAUUCACACAAGUUGCUUAAAUGUCUUUUGCUUUACAGAAAACAGUGUUGCUCACGUGUUGUUGUGUUGUUAUUUUUUUAUUAUAAUGAAGAUUUAAAGUCUGAUCUUGUACGUGAGUUACCUUUUAUUAAAAGAAAUACACCGAUUUAUUGUUAAAUAAGCUUUUUGGUCAAAUUAGCAUGGUGCUUCACCUCAUUGUUUUCAAUACUGGGACUUAACAGGUCAGAUGGAUGCUGCUGCCUCGCUAAAUAUUACAACUUUGACCAAAAAGCUGAAAGAUUUGUUUUGUGAAGCAUUUUGAAUUCUCAAAGUGAGUCACAGCGUUGGAAGAGAAGCGUAAAUCUCACCCAUAGGUGGCCAAUAUUUGGUGUAUUUUUUUCCAGCAUAUGUCUGACGAUGCGAUGCCAUGGGGACGGGAAGACAGAGCCGGUUCAUAUUUAUGUUCGUAUGUCAUGUCUGAAGAUGUAAAUACAGUGUGUGUGUCUGCAAGGCACGAUAAAUGUAGGAUGAUGAAACCCAAAAGUUAAGCUGCCUAGUGUUGUCGUUGGCGUCGCCAGCCAUGAAGGAAAUAAAUGGACUUUGUACAGUGUGCAAGGAAUAAAAUAUAAUGUGACGUUGUAUAGCUUCAUUUCUGCUUUGUAUACGACUUCUAAAUCUUUUUUCUAUUGAAUUAAAGAUGCCUUAGACAGCUGCACCCAGUAUUUAAGAUGUUUCUUUCUUUCUAAUUCCAAGGUAACAUCUGUAAAAUUACUUGUGUGUUUUUUAACUUAUGUUACAUGUAAUGUGCACUGAUUUAAAACCCCAGGUUCCAAAAUUUGUAAAGUGGAUCUUCAUUGUAAUGAAAAUGAGAUUUUCCAAAUUUAGACGUUGAAUUAAAUGCUUCUCCUUCUUCAGGCCUACAUGUCAUAUAAUGUUCUGCAGCCAGUUGUGUUUUUAUGGAGAACCCGGAGAACCUGGAGAACCAGCAACCCAUUUUAUACCCUGUGUAAGGUGCUAAAACAUACUGUUUGCUCCUUUUCUACAGUCACCCCCUCAAUAAAGAACUUAAACCAUU